AUGCCAAACCAUGCUUGUUUUUGCAUCCGUGUCCCACAGAGCCGCACCAAAGCGAAAGACUCGUUCAGUAUCAAAGGGUUCCAAGAAGAGUUCAACAAAGAAGAAAACAUCAACUGUCCAAGACGAAGAAAAUCGUCCACAUCGUCGGAGGACCCGGAGAAGGAAAAUGCUGAUGUGCAACCCAAAUCUGCAGUAAGGUCUACCAGGGCUGCCAGUAAAAAGGGACCACCUGCUAUCAAGGUAGAUGAUGCUACACCAAAAGAAAAACCAAGCCUUCGCCAACCUUUGCGAAGUACGAGACAGACACGUGCUCAGGCGAAGGCCCAGACGGCAAAUUUGGUUUCGGCGACCCCACCCCAUGGAGCGGGCGUAUCGCGGGCGUUGCUCUUCUCACCUGCUAACCGUGCAACCACACCGUCCAAGCAGCUUUUCUCGCCAUAUGCCAAGUGUAGUGUACAGGAGAAGGCAAGAGCCUUUGAGUCAAAGGAGCCUAUCACCCCCUCGCGCGCUGCUGCAACCCCUAAGAUUGGCAAUGCAACAAGAAAUAGAACCACUGCUGUGGCUGCUACAAAAGAAGCAGGUCGCAGUACUCCUUCACCUUUGACACCCAUGCAUCCUGCAUCGGAACUUGUUACUGAGGACAGGAUGCCUGCAACUCCUGCAAGUCCGAAGACACCAGCCUUGCCAUCACCUUUGAAAUCUGCUUCAAAAAAUAGUAGCGUAGAGGAAGCGGCAGCGGCCACCUGUGAGGACAUCACUCCUACAAAUCAUCCUGUCAAUGAGAAACCCACGAAGAGGGUGUCCAGCACAUCUCCGUCAAAGCGCAAGGAACAGCCCUCUUCAUUACGUUCCAGUCCUCCUGCCCUAGAACGUGACUCUACAGUAGAGCCCACUGCCACAUCGCCGGCAGCUUCCCCAGAUGAGAAGCAGGCUCCCUCCACACCAGACACCGAGCCGGUUAAAGAAAGGCGCAUUACGAGAGCUUCUGUUGCAGCUGCGCCACUCGCCACACUGUCGAAGACAACCUCACAGGCAACACCUGCUGGCGUUCGAGCGGCUAGUCGCCCGUAUCCUGCGUCAUCAUCGUCGACAGCAGAAUCGGACUCUGACGAUAAUUGGGUGGAAUCACCUACCACACCGAAGCGAGCUCGUCUCCCCCCUACAAGCCCUCACAUUGGGUCUGGUGUGAAGCUCAGUGGUGUUCUAGGUUCCGCGAAGGCACUUAGGAAGGACUGGCCAGUACACAAGGCAGCCGCUGGGCGCAAGAUUUCGACUACUAGUACUUCUUCCUUCAGGUCGGCUCCCAUGACUCCAAAGCAGGUCACACCAUCCAAGGCAACACGACUGUUUACCACAAGUGAAGCACGACAGGGCACCCAUAAGGCAUCCAACUUAGAGGAGUCCACUCGCAAGAGGCAUGACAGUGGAAGCAACAGCGAGUUGGAGCAGCAGCGCAAGCAAGAGCUGUUGCGGAUGAAAAUCGAGACAUCAAAGAAAGACCGAGAGCAGAGGCUGGCUAGGGUACAAGCUCAGCGGGAGCGACGUGAAGCCGAGCGGCGAGAGCAGGAGCAGUUGCGGCAACGUGAAGCUCAGCAGAAGGAGCUGGAGAGGUUGAAGCAACGAACUGCAUUCCAUCAGCGCAAGCAGAGCGAGCGGAGCCUCAAUGUGGAUACCUUGGCAGCUGCUACAAAGAGGAAAGCAGAAUCCCCUCUGGUCUCUGCAGCUAAGAGGAUCACACCCCUGAAAAUAAGCAAGCCUCCAAAGAUGGCCAGGAAUGCUUGCGCUGACGCAGAGGCUGCCAGGCUCAUCUUCGCCCAGCCAAGUACGAGCCUCUCGCAGAAGGCAAAGUUGAACAACAGCCUCCAGCAGCAGGCAAUGCUCAACAGCCUGUCACAGUCCCUCAGGAGCCAGGCAAGCUUUCUGCCCUCCCCUGAGCGGCCUCAGGCAGCCUCUGCUGCAUCGCAGUCCAUCACAGAGCUUGUCGAGAGCACACCAGAAAAGCAGCGUGCUGCUCUGAACGUCACCGUGACGCUGUCUUCUGAGGACAAGCCUGCGGAGGCCCUCGGCGAGACAUUCACCAUGCCUCACGACUCCAGUGUACUAAACACACCAGCAGCAGCAGCCAACUCUACGUUCGUAAGGAGUGAAGGCCCCCCGAGGUCGAGCGGGUAUGACAUUACACCACACAGAAGUGAGCUUCCUCCAGAGCCCAUCAAGGACAAGAACAACUAUGACAUCGAGGACCUCAAUUCUGGCGACGAAACUGAUGAUGAUGAGAAACCACGCAAGGAAGUCCCCGCCUGGGCUAAAGGUGCCGCCCUGAAUGCCCUCGUGGCACGACAGAACAGAAGCGGGAUAUCAGGCCUGGAGUUCUUUGGCGUGAUGCCCUUGCUGAGCUUGGACAACAUAUUCCCAGUGAAGAAGAAGACUUUCAACAAGCGCACCAGUUCAGCACUGUGGGACUGAGGAUCCCAG